AUGGAGCAUUUACCCCUACCCGAAGGAAAAGAGCACUUUAUUCUGGCUCCGUACAACGCUCCCCCAGAGGAAUGGUACGAUCACAAAGGUUUUCUAGAUUUUCCCAAGCGAAGAGGGUGGACUGACGACCAGCCUCCCGGUGGCAACACCACCCAAAAGGGAUACCUCGAGGGGCAUGGUAUCAAAUGGAAGCUGGCCGACUCGGAAGUGGAAGAGUUCUUCCAGACAUGGCUCUUCUUCGGGCUGGUCAUUGAAGUGUUGAAAGUUGGCGGUGUCAGCGCGACGACUGAAGAUUUCCUCAAAGGUAAAGGUCUGUCAGAUCCGAGAGAAGUGAAACUGCUCAGGUUGUCGUCCCAGGACGACAGUCGAAGACAUAGACUAGUAAGGAUUGUCAACACAUCGAUACUUUCGUGCAAGCUGAAAGAAUGGAGGAAUGGAGUACGUGACAAGGCACAGGCAUGGACGGCAGCGAACCGGAUGUUUGAGAGAGCUCGUCAGAUCCUUGACUGCUUCUGCACACCAGAUGAAGAGAGGGAUCUUUGGGGAAACGACAAGCCUCUGCGGUGGCCCGUACGGGACGAGAUUUCGACCACGCUGAUCGCCAUGGUCUACUCCCUCCGCAGUGCAGCAAUCAGGGUCUGCGAGCCCCGUGGCAUCAGUGUUACGAACCCGUGGCUGGAUGCUCGGUCCGAAAUCAUAGCCAGACGUAUACAGCGCCAGUGGUGUCUCGCUGAUGCGACUACCAUUAUCAAAGACCUUCCGAUCGACGGCCAAUACUACGUUGCAGCGUCUCCCGGUUUAAGCCCGGAUGAACUGGAUCGACAUUCGAAGUGUGUCCGGGAACGUUGCCUGGAAGAAUUUCCGACAGAGCUCUACCAUCCCCGGCAUGUGGCUCCCUGGCAUAAGCCCAACUGUCCAACGGCGCAGACGAUCAGCUAUGGCGGACACCUGGGACCGGAAAGAGGUCAGACGGGAUGGGACGAUGCCAUCGCAAAAAUUAUCGAUAAGAAUGCCAUCCCGAUUGCGCUGUGGGCCAAAGGACUGCGUACACUGUGGUCGGUGGAAUACCAUUUAAGUGGUCACAGGCGGCCUGAUUAUGUGGCUAUAUCGCAUGUAUGGGCUGACGGAAUGGGAAAUCGGGCGGCGAAUUGGCUGCCAGAAUGCCAGCUAGACCGCAUCACACAUCUCGUGGAAAAUGUGCAGUGGGAAGGCCGAAGACCUUUGCCAGAAGAUCCCAACAACUCGGAUGGUGUGGGCUUUUGGAUGGACGCAUUGUGCGUCCCUGCAGUAGACAAAGACCGCAAGCGCAAGGCGAUCCGGAAUAUGCGGCACGUCUAUUCAAAUGCGAAAGCGGUCCUGGUCUUGGACAAGUUCAUCCAGAAAAUCCCAUCCACUGCUCCAGCGUUGGAUAAAGUCGCUCGGCUGUAUCUGUCCAACUGGAUCAAGCGCCUCUGGACUCACCAAGAAGGGUUUCUACCAUCCUUGGUAUAUAUCCAGUUCUCCGAUCGGCCAGUCGAGUUACGCGCGCUGGCAGAAGAGUUCAUGACCUAUAAUCGUGAACACCUGGAAAAGUCAGGAAAGUAUCUAGGAUUCCCGUUCGCGGCGAAUCUAAGGCUGCUCGACCUAUACUCCGCAUUGAGGGGUCUCAUGAAGCUAGUCAAGGAAAAGUGGAUGCUCUAUGAACCUCUCGCGCAUCAUUUGUCACCACGGAGGAGCACACGACUCGCGGACGAAACAGUGUGCAUGGCAACGAUUAUCGACAUCGACCUUGACAGGAUCCAGGCGAUUUCAGGCGACGAUGACGAGGAAGUCGCAGAGGAGCGCAUGGCGGCUUUCUUGGAACAACUCGGGACGUUUGACAGGUCGGUGAUUUUCAACAAUUACGAACGCCUCAACAAGGCGGGAUACAGGUGGGCUCCGAAGUCGUUGCUCAACUUCCGGACUCCUCAGUUGACGUGCCCUGACGAGAGAGAGACUGUUACUCUUGAGAGGAUCAACGGCCAGGUAGGCCUUCCGGUUCGGUAUCCGGGGCUUCUAGUGGACUUUGCCCAUGACAACGUGCCAUUUGGAGCCCUUCAGCAUGGAUGCGAGGUCCCAUGUAGAGUGUCAGCUACCCGGGGAAGCAACGUUGAGAGCAAAUCGCUUGUCCUCCAGUUUCCGCGAAACAAUGUUCGGUGGGCCAAAAGGCAGUAUGCCGUGAUUUUGUCAAAGGUCCCAAACGUCGGUGGAAAGCCUUGUCUGGCAGCCGUGGGCUUGUUCAAUCGUCCUGCGAACGGGGUCUACAGGUUCAACCACCUCUCCUUAGCGAGAAUCAGAGCCCAGGAAGCUUAUGGGGAUGAGUUGGUGGAUGUGCGGUUUCUCGACAGUGAUAGUGCCUGGUUUGUUAUGUAG